AUGUCUUUAACAAGCUUCCCCGAGGAAUUCUGUGCAUUAGUUUGCAGGGAAGAACAAGAUUAUUGUCCAAGACAAAAUUUCGUAGAUGCUGGCUGCCCAGAGGAAGGCUUUGUUCCUGCUCUGCUUACCUAUGAUGAUACUGCCCUCUCAACAUUUAUCCAAGGCCUGGGGCUUCCUUUAUUCCAACAAGGUGUAGUUGAGCCCCUCACAAUACGAGCGAGAUUUGACAUUCCUGAUAAUACCGGAUUAUUUCUACGUGGUCUCUGUUGUCCUUUCGAUGAACCAAUCAGGCGUGAUAAUGUUGAAGAGUGUCUUAUGGCACCAUUGCUCCAGAAACUACCAGCUCAUCCAUACUAUUGCAGAGACUAUCCAGAUUAUCUUGAACCUACAAAUUCAGAACCAUUUUAUAAUGUUCCUCGAUUGA